CGGGCGAAGAUGCUGCUGCUGCUGCUGCUGUUGCUGCUGUGAGGAAGAGCAGGAGGAUGCAGCGAACAAAGAGAAGGCUGUUGAUACAUUUUGGGGCCUAAAAAGCGUCUUCUGGCUUCCCAGCAAGUGAUGGUGAGUCUCGGAAGGAAAACGACAAGGUGAAUGAGGCAUGGCGUCUUUGGUCUUCAUUCUUCUACGCGCAGUUGUCAGCGUUCGUUCUUCUCAACAUCAGGCAGCAAAAUGACUCAUUGGCUGUGCUCAAGGAUUCACGAGGAAACAAAACUGGGGAAGCUACAAGCUGACGCGGCGUCACAUCUUCAUCCUGACGAGGAUGAGGAAGGAAGACAUGUUACCAUGGAAAGACCAAGGGGGCCUGUCUACUGUGUCUGUAGGAGACCUGACAUCAACUGCUUUAUGAUAGGCUGCGACGGCUGCACCGAGUGGUUCCACGGCAGCUGCGUGGGCGUGUCCGAGAAGGCGGCCGUAGCCGUCCGAGAGUGGUUCUGUCCGUCCUGUCGAGAAGGCGACCCGUCUCUGGAGAUUAAGUAUCGUCAGAAGAAGACAAAGGCGGCGGAGGCGGAGGAAGACGGGAGCUCGCCUCCUGAGUCCAAGAGCGACAGCAGGCGUGGCUCGCAGCAAAUCAAACGGUCUGCUCGCAUGUGCGGUGAGUGUGAGGCCUGUUUGAGGACGCAAGACUGCGCCACCUGUGAUUUUUGUAAAGACAUGAAGAAGUUUGGGGGACCCAACAAAAUACGCCAGAAGUGUCGACUGAGGCAGUGUCAGUUCCGCGCACGGAGGAUGCUUCGCGUGAAAGAAGAGGAGAUGAGUCGACGCUCUGCGAAGGGACGGCGGGACCUCUACAGGAACGAUGGCGGGCAUUUUACAGAGGACGAAGAUGAGGAAGAGGUGUUCAGUGAAAGUGAGCUGGAGCUCUACCAGCAGUACAAAGCCGCCGGAUUCAGCGACCUGCUGUGGCACAGUGAGGAGGAGGAGGAGGAGGAGGAGGAGGAAGAAGAGGAGUCGCUGAGAAAGAAGGCGGUGAAGGUGAAACACGUGAAAAGACGAGAGAAGAAGCCAGAGAAGAAGAAAUCACUCUCCACCCCCAAAGCGGAGGUGCGACGUCACAAGGUGAAGGAGCGACACAGGGGACGCGUGCGGCACAGCGAAAGAGGAGGAGGAGGAGGAGGAGGAGGAGGAGGAGGAGGAGGAGGAGGUGGAGGAGAGGGCGAGGCUAAGGAGCUUGGCGGUACUCUGCACCAGUGUCUCGGGCCAGGCUGCAUCCAAGCGGCCAGGACCUCCUCCAAGUACUGUUCCGACGACUGCGGCAUGAAGCUUGCGGCCAACCGCAUCUACGAGAUCGUCCCUCAGAGGAUCCAGCAGUGGCAGCAGAGCCCCUGCGUCGCCGAGGAGAUGGGGCGGAGACAGCUGGAGCGGAUCAGGAAGGAGCAGCAGGCCGCUCGGCUGCGCCUCACCCUGAUGGAGAAGCGCUUCCACGAGUUGGAAGGCAUCAUCGCCAACUCGAAACUUCACCAGGUGCAACACGACGAGGAGGCCAACGAAGGUGACGGCGACGACACGGACCUUCAAAUCUUCUGCGUGUCCUGCAGCCAUCCGGUCAACCCCAAGGUGGCGCUGAGACACAUGGAGAGGUGCUACGCCAAGUACGAAAGUCAGACUUCCUUCGGAUCCAUGUACCCCACGCGGAUCGAAGGAGCGACGCGCCUCUUCUGCGACGUCUACAACCCUCACAGCAAAACCUACUGCAAGCGGCUACAGGUGUUGUGUCCGGAACAUUCCAGAGAUCCGAAGGUGGCAGCCGACGAGGUGUGCGGCUGCCCUCUGGUCAAAGACGUUUUCGAGCCCACCGGCGAGUUCUGUCGGGUCUCCAAGAGGAAGUGCAACAAACACUACUGCUGGGAGAAGCUCCGCCGCGCCGAGGUGGACCUGGAGAGAGUCCGAGUGUGGUACAAACUGGACGAGCUGUUUGAGCAGGAGAGGAACCUGCGGGCCGCCAUGACCAACCGGGCGGGUUUGCUGGCUCUCAUGCUGCACCAAACCAUCCAGCACGAUCCGGUGACCACCGACCUGCGCUCCGCCAAAGACCGCUAGACGCACGCGCAGCUUUUGUCUUCGCCGGCACACGACAAAGAACGCCUCGGAACACGGUUCAGUUUCAAGUCAUACGCUACGAUUGUGACAAUUUUAAAGUUUACAUUUGACCACCAUGUCAUUUGGUAGCAGUGUGAGAAUGCAUUCCUUUUCUAUUUUUGUAUUUUCAUCGUCUUGUUGUUUCUUUCCAUGUUGUUUUUAAUGAGGCUGCGAAAGGGGUGGAAAAUUGCCGGUAAAUUCCAAUGGGAAGUUAAGUUUUGGAAUUGCAAUUUUGGAAAUGAGAAGCAUCAAAAUAAACAAGCAGACAUAAUACAAUCGAGAAGCGUGACAUUUCGACAGAUGGGUUUUGUCAAGUUUUAAAUCCGAAUCAUCCUUAUUUGCCAAGUAUGUCCAAAAAACACACAAGGAAUUUGCCUCCGGCAGUCGCAGCCGCUCGAGUACGACGACGGACGGUCAAUCGACAGACAAACACUUUGGAGACGUGACAGCAACACAUUGGUUUUGUUUCACAAUAGGCAACCUUCAAUUUGGUAAAUUCCUGGUUUAUUUCUGUUUCUUCCCAUAAUGUGUAACAAUGCCAGCUUUGAAAAAGCUUUGAUUUGACAUCCCUACUUGUAAUCCAAGUGUGACAUUAAAAGCCUUUCUUGUAUUCCUAAAAAACAGAUUCAUUUUCUGAGGAGGAGCUUGAUGACGCACUCGCUGAAAUCUUUUCAGGUUCAACAACACGGUUCGGAAUGUAUCACGAAAAUAUUCUCUGUGGUUAAUAAAAAGCUUACUUCCUCUUUGUCAUUAUUGGAGCGUGAUGCCCUGGAACAAUCAUCAGAAUCAGAAUCAGAAUCAGAAUCAUCUUGAUUUGCCAAG